CGGCGCCCCCUAAACAUGUAUUUACAUGACGAUAUCGCAGGUCCCCACUGCAGGCCCCACACAGCAGUUGUGGCCAUGGCCUCCGAGGAUGACUUUCAUCACAGUUCGAACUCCACCUACAGAACCGCAAGCAGCUCUGUCCACGCUGACCAGGAAGCACUGCUUGAGAAGCUGUUCGACCGCCCCCCGCCCAGCCUGCAGAGGCCCAAGGACCGCUUCCAUGGGGCCUACAUCAUCUUCUUCAGCCUGGGCAUUGGCGGCCUACUGCCAUGGAACUUCUUUAUCACUGCCAAGGAGUACUGGGUGUUCAAGUUCCGCAACUGCUCCAACCCAGCCGCGGGGGAGGACUCCGUGGGCUCGGACAUCCUGAACUACUUCGAGAGCUACCUGACCGUCGCCUCCACAGUCUCGUCCGUGCUGUGCCUCAUGGCAAACUUCCUCCUCGUCAACAGGGUUCCGAUUCGUGUCCGUGUGCUGGCCUCGCUGACUGUCAUGCUGACCAUCUUCUUGGUGAUGACCGUGCUGGUGAAGGUGGACACCUCCUCCUGGACCUAUGGCUUCUUUGCUGUCACCAUUGUCUGCAUGGCAGUCCUCAGCGGCACCUCCACCAUCUUCAAUAGCAGCAUCUUUGGCAUGACUGGCUCCUUCCCCAUGAGGAAUUCCCAGGCACUAAUAUCAGGAGGAGCCAUGGGGGGCACCAUCAGUGCCGUGGCCCUGCUGGUGGACCUGGCGGCAUCCAGCGACGUGACGGACAGCGCCCUGGCCUUCUUCCUGACGGCAGACGUCUUCCUCGGGCUCUGCGUCGGGCUCUACCUGCUGCUGCCGCGGCUCGAGUAUGCCAGGUUCUACCUGAGGCCUGCUUGGCCAGCCCACGUGUUUUCUGGGGAAGUGCAGCCCCCCCAGGACCCCCCCAGCGCCCCUUCGGCAGCCCCUGGAUCCCACGACUCCUGCAUACCUCCGCUCCGCCCCAUCCUCAAGAGGACAGCUGGCCUGGGCUUCUGUGUCGUUUUCCUCUUCUUCAUCACCAGCCUCAUCUUCCCCGCCGUCUCCACCAACAUCGAGUCCCUCGACAAGGGCUCGGGCUCGCCGUGGACCACCAAGUUCUUCGUCCCCCUCACCACCUUCCUCCUGUUUAACUUCGCCGACCUGUGUGGCCGGCAGGUCACAGCCUGGAUUCAGGUGCCGGGGCCCAGGAGCAAGGUCCUCCCCGGGCUGGUGCUCCUCCGGACCUGUCUCCUCCCCCUCUUCAUGUUCUGCAACUAUCAGCCCCGCGUCCGCCUGCACACGGUGGUCUUCCAGUCCGACCUCUACCCGGUGCUCUUUACCUCCGUGCUGGGGCUCAGCAACGGCUACCUCAGCACCCUGGCUCUCAUGUACGGGCCGAAGAUCGUGCCCCGCGAGCUGGCCGAGGCCACGGGCGUGGUGAUGUCCUUCUACCUGUGCUUGGGCUUGGUCCUGGGCUCCGCCUGCUCCGCCCUGCUCGUGCACCUCAUCUAGAAGGGGCCGACGGCAAGAACCUCGGGGCUGCGACAGACACCCGGGAGCCGCGGUGCGGUGGGGAGCGAGUGCCGGGAGGGCUCGGGCAGCGUGCAGGAGAGAGAGCAGCUGGGCCCGGUGCGGACCGAGCGCACCCAGGCCUCCCCUCUCCCCCAGGGAGCCGGCAGCCAUGCCAGGCACACAUUCCAGACACUUUAAAGAGCUCUUCUGAGACCUCUGAAGGAG